UCACCCGCCCUUCAGCCAAUCAGCGCUCGAGCUCCGCAGCACUUCCUCGAGGCCGCGUAACCAAGCGGGAGCAGCGCGAGCGGGUCGGAAGUCUCAUUCCAAGAGGGGAAAAAAACAAAUAAAACAAUAAAGCAACAACAAAUAAACACUGUCAAAACUUUGCGAAUAUGGACCACCACACAAAAUACUGAACUGCGGAUUGAUAAAGCAGCGCGAGGACUGAUAAAUAAGCGCACUUAUGGCGGAUUGAGUAAGAGUUAGCCGCUGCUGCUAACGCACGACACUAGCUCCCUGAUUCAUGAUUGACUGAUUUCAGCGGCAUUUCAGCUAAAAACUGCGCUUUCUGGAGCAUCUCAAAGUCAGAAGUGUGCGCGGUGGUAGUAGAGACCGUGUUAGUGAGUUACAGGAGGCGGGUUUGGUUGUUUUCGGCGGCCGCUGGGCUUGAGGCCUGCUCUAUGAGGAGCUAGUUGAACAGCUCAGCUCACUGGGUUUAACGCACCAAGCAGGUAUAUUCACAGGUGUAACGUUAGAGAGGUAAACAGCUGAAGAUGUCGGCCCAGGCGCAGAUGAGAGCCAUGCUGGACCAGCUCAUGGGCACUGGCAGAGAUGGAGACACGAUGAGACAGCGGAUCAAGUUCACGGACGAGCGGGUGUGUAAGAGUCAUCUGCUGGAGUCAUGUCCACAUGACAUACUGUCUGGAACCCGCAUGGAUCUGGGGGAGUGUGUGAAGAUUCACGAUCUCGCUUUGAGAGCAGAUUAUGAGAUCGCAUCUAAACAGCAGGAGUAUUUCUUUGAGCUGGAUGCCACAGAGCACCUGCAGUCCUUCAUCGCAGACUGUGACCGAAGAACCGAACUGGCCAAGAAACGGCUGGCCGAAACGCAGGAAGAGAUCAGCGCUGAAGUGGCUGCCAAGGCGGAGCGUGUGCACGAGCUGAACGAGGAGAUCGGGAAGCUGCUGGCGCGAGCGGAGCAGCUGGGCGGCGAGGGGAACGUGGAGGAGGCGCAGCAGGUGCUGGAGAAGGUGGAGAAAACACGCACCCUGAAGAAAGAGGCAGAGGACAUCUACCGUAACUCCAUGCCGGCCUCCAGCUUCCAGCAGCAGAAGCUGCGGGUGUGUGAGGUUUGCUCCGCUUACCUCGGUCUCCACGACAACGACCGCCGCCUCGCCGACCACUUCGGAGGGAAACUUCAUAUAGGUUUCAUCGAAAUCCGGGAAAAACUUGAAAAACUGCGGAAGGCUGUGACGGAGAAACAGGAGCGCAUGCGCACGAGGAGAAGAGAGGAGCGCGACAAAGAGGAGGAGCGAGCCAGAGAGUGGGAGGUGGAGAAAGAGAGGGAACGCGAGCGGGAGCGCGAGAGGGAACGAGAGAGAGAGCGCGAGCGGGAGAGAGACAGAGAGAGAGAACGCAGGAGGUCCAGAUCCAGAAGUGGUGAGCGAUAUCGGGAAGGAGGAAGCUCGUCCUCUCAUCGCUCUCGUCGGCACCGUGAGGAUGGAGAGAGGGAACGAGACAGGGAGAGGAAACACAGACACAAAGAUCACCAUCGCUCUCGCUCGCACUCACACAGGAGCAAAAGAAAGAGGUCUUCACACACCAGAGAUCAGGAGCAGCCUCUGUCUCGGGAGAGAUGGCAGGAGAACGCCGCGGACGAGAGAUGGUGGGACAACGGACGCAGGGACAUGGAGAGAGAAGGAUCCCCCGUCUCCCCAGACAUGAGCCGGAUGAGAGAGCGGGAGAGAUCCGUGUCGCUGGAGAGAGAUCAGCGCUCCAGCUCCGAGGAGAGAGAGUCUGGAGAGAUCUAGAGGAGCAGAUCCAGAUACUUUACAUACUGUAGCUUCCGAUCCCUGCUCCGAUCUGUCAACAACUGGACCAGCUUUCCGUCCGGUUACUCAUACAUCAGUAGAAGCUCAGCAGCUACAGAGAGGAAGCCAGUCACAGAUUGCUCGAGUGUGUGUGUGUGUGUGUGUGAGAGAAAGAGAGAGAGAGCGCGUGUGUGUGUGUGUGUGAGA